AUGCUUGGAACAGUUCGCCGAUUUGGCGUUUCACACGCGUUGCGCGCUACUACACCUCGUUCAAUCUCAGCGCGGUUGACUAGCCAGCUGCCGAAAUGGCAAGCUCCUUCGUCUCUUGCAUCUCUUGAUGCAACCAGAUCACUCCAUUCCUCUUUCCCGAGGAUGUCUGCGGCUACUGCAGAGGCUACUGCAGAGGAAAUUGUUGAAGAGAUCAAGACCUCCAAGCCUGCGUUAAUCACAGAGUUUGCCGACCUGGCGGCGGAGAAUUUCAUUCACAGCAAGAUUAUCAAGAACAUCAUUCAACCUGACCGGAUGAACCUCAAGACUAUGACUGAGGUUCAGACUCUUACUAUCAACGAGAUUGUCAAGGGCGAUGAUAUCCUUGCUCAGGCCAAAACAGGAACCGGCAAGACGCUUGCUUUCCUUCUACCCACCCUCCAGAAUAUUUUGAAUGACCCUGGUGUCGAUCUCUCCAAGGUUGGCCGCCGCUCAGCCAGAACUGCUCCUUCAGAAAUCCGUGCUCUUAUCAUCUCCCCUACCCGCGAACUCGCGGAACAGAUCGCAGUUGAAGCCAGGAAGGUUGCGUUUGGCACUGGUCUUAUUGUUCAGACCGCUGUUGGUGGCACGCAGAAACGUGCCGGUCUUGCCAAGAUCCAACAGGAGGGAUGCCACCUGCUCAUCGGCACCCCGGGACGUCUCAAGGACAUCCUCUCGGACCCCUGGACUGGUGUUUCUGCUCCCAAGCUGAACACUCUGAUCCUCGAUGAGGCAGAUCGCCUUCUGGACCAGGGUUUCGCUCCUGACGUUGAAGAGAUCCAGACACUGCUUCCCGACCCCACAAAGGUGGACCGCCAGACACUCAUGUUCUCGGCCACCGUUCCCAGAGAAGUUAUGCAGAUGGUUCGUCAGACCCUGAAGCCAAGCUUUAAGCACGUCAACACCGUUAGUGAAGAUGAAGUUCCCACCCACGUGAGGGUGCCCCAGAAGCUUGUAUACACGCGCGGUCUUGAGAACAACCUGCCCGCCCUUCUUGAGCUCGCUCAGAAUUGGCAAACGCGUCGGGAUAACGGCGAGGACCUGAGACCUUUCAAGGCCAUUGCCUACUUUAACUCUACUGCCGAGACCAAGGUUUCCGCUGAUGUUUUUAACGCCAUUGCUCGCUCUUCAGAGUUCCGCCAGUCUUCCAUGGGCAGCAUGAGAAUGCUGGAGAUCAACUCGCGUCUCACGCAGGCGUUCCGAACCCGCAGCGCAGAAAACUUCCGCAGGGCUCGCGAGGGUAUCUUGUUCUCGUCGGACGUGACUGCCCGUGGUAUGGAUUUCCCGGAUGUCACCCACGUCGUCCAGAUUGGUGUUCCUCGCGACCGUGAGACCUACAUUCACCGUCUCGGCCGCACAGCCCGUGCUGGCAAGGAGGGUGAAGGUUGGCUGUUCAUGCACCGCGGCGAACAAGACGCUUACCGGAAGCGCCUGGGCCGUCUCCCAUUGAAGGUGGACGAUGCUUUGGAAUCUGCCGAUGCAGAUCUCUCCCAGACCCACUCUAACGAGACACCAGUUGGCCAGAUCAUCAACAAGAUUAACGAGGGUCUGGCCCAGUGUGACGGUGCUACCAAGGUCAAGUCCUACAUGGGCCAACUUGGCACCACCACUGCGAACUUCAGCAGCAAGCAAGAUGCCAUUCAGGCACUCAACCAGAUGUUCACCGUGGGGUACAACAUGCAAACCCUCCCUGAGCUCAGCCCUAGAUUGAUGCAGCAAAUGGGUCUCAACCGAAAGGACGGUGUAAGCGCGGGUGACGGCACCCGCCAGCGACGCGAGGGCGGAUUCUCCCGCGGUGGUGACCGUGGUGGCCGUGGUGGCUUCUCCCGUGGUGGCGAUCGUGGUGGUUUCUCUCGCGGCGGUGAUCGUGGUGGUUUCUCUCGCGGCGGUGACCGCGGUGGUGACCGUGGCGACCGUGGCGAGCGCAACAACUUCUCCCGUGGUGAUGGUGACCGCGGUGGUUUCCCUCGCGGCGGCGACCGUGGUGGCUUCUCUCGUGGAGGUGACCGUGGUGACCGCUCGUCGCGUCCUCCUCGCCGCUCGUUCAACGACGACGAGUUCCGGUUCUAA